UACGGAUCAUUUCUGUGUGCAUGUGAUGAUGAUUAUGUGGAAGUGCCGAGACCAACGGAUUGGUUCUCCGAACGAACACGGGAGAGUUUGUGCAAGUAUGCCUAUAGGUCAUUGCUUGCAGUACCUGAGUGGAGUACCAACACGCUUGCCCGGACAAGCAUACAUGUACACUCAUCAUAAUCAAUAACUAUUGCAAGUAUUGACUAACAAGUAGCCGUAACUACGAACGAUUCCCCAGUAUAUGCGCUAGGUCUCGACCUUCAAACUUGCUUGGAACUUCACGCGCCAUGUCCCCGUGAGUGCAUUCAGCUAGCUGGGUCCAGGGUCCUGAGAACUUAUCGCCAAUCGACUAGGGUACCGUAUAAUCCGCCGUCCCAUUGCCGUGAUAAAUAACCCGCUUGGUACCCUCGAACAAGGUACACACAUACCCCAAGUGGUCAUUUAACUGAUAAGGUCAACAAAUCUGAACGUGUAAACACUGGAGAGGGGCUCAAUGCUUCGAUUCGGAACUCUGGCCGGCAAAUCAGUGCCUGUUGACUGCCAUUUGGAUGUCUUGUAUUAGAUUGUUCUACCGUGACAUUCCCGUGUUACCCAGUGCUAUUAUUAGUCCAUGGUAGCUGACUGAUAAGGGUUUAAUACGCUACCCUGGGCUACAAAAAAGUUUGGUACCACUCAAGGGGGUAUAAUACCCACCAGCACAUCAGCUGUGAGCUGCAGUCGGUGGCUUGUCACAUCUCGAACCCGACCAACGCCAAAGCCAGCAAAGGGUACCCUCAUCUUCAUCUUCAUCAUCAGCAUCAUUGUCAUCAUUGAUAGCGCACCACUUCAGACCAUUAACUUGCUCCAGUUUCGGUUACUUUCUCUUCGAUCGGCUGCUAAUAUGGUCGACGUGUACCGUACACGCUCCAGCCUUGAACGGGAGAGUUGGACUCUACAGAGACUCAACUCGGCCGGAGACCUCGAGGAAGAGAGUGACGCCAAUAGUUCCUCCUCCGAUGAGAUCUCGUGCAUGUCUGACAGCAACAGCUCCCUCAGCCCAAGCGAAGACGAUCUUUUCCUGGAGUAUCUCUUCUCACAGGGUCUGGCAGACACCGAAAUGAGUAACACAAUCCGUGACGCCUUGUUCAGUGUUCGCAUUGAUCAUAAUAAACUUGACUUUGAUGCUGUCGCGGACAGCGUUUACCCCGAUGGAGAGCCUGUCUACUACACACCCCAGCCGACACCAAUCUACCCACCGGACCCUUUGCUGCACCACAGCUACAACCUGGUCGAACCUCCCAAAAUCGCCUGCGAUGAUUAUUUUAAGCCUCUGCCGUACAUCAUGAGCACCGACUCGAUGAAUGGUAACUACUUGCAUCCUCCAUGGCAGCAGUGUCAAGGUGGCGUCAAUCUUCCAACUUUGGACAGUCCACGCCAACCCGGCAAGCCACCGAUUCCCCGGGGUGUGAUGGCUUCUCACUCUCCCCCUGCGGUUCCUUUGUCUCGUUCGGUAACCAAAGGGUUGUCCGUCAGUGAGACGGUUAUCCAAGUCUCGACACCGGUCAAAAACGAGCCCGUGUCCCCUCAAAACCUGACCAGUCAGAGAAUGGCCCUCUUGCCAGCCUCCGGUGUACGCAUCACUCACAUCCCCGUCACCACACCCACGGGAGCAGUGGGGAACACAUCACCAGCAGAGCCCACGACCGCUGUCCGCAAACCAUCCAGAAGCAGAGGCACCGGAAAAGUGGCGGACGAACUCAAAAUCCACAAGUGCACUUACCCUAACUGCGGUAAGAUGUACUCUAAGAGCUCUCAUCUUAAGGCCCACCUGCGCCGUCACACCGGUGAGAAACCUUUCGUGUGCACCUGGGAGGGCUGCAAGUGGCGCUUCUCUCGAUCGGAUGAGCUGGCCCGUCACAAGCGCUCUCACUCCGGAGUCAAACCCUACCAGUGCACCAUCUGUGAAAAGAGGUUUUCCCGCUCGGACCAUCUAUCCAAGCACAUCAAGGUGCACAUGAAUGGUGUCACCCGAGGUGUGAAAACAACCAAUAGCAACAUGAUGGUCUCCAGAUGAUGCAUGUAAGAAAAUGAUGAAGUAUAUAGAAGACGGAUAUUCGCUUUCCCUCUUAACUGGGAUAUUUGCUUUCCCUCUUAACUGGGAUAUUUGAACUGAACUUGGUUCAUAAAAGGCUACAUAUUUUGCAUGAAAAUUAUGCUGCAUCAUACGAACAGUACUUUUCAGUUGCCAAACUUGACAGCAACCUGCAGGUAUUUUCGAUGCUUAAAAUAAGAGGUUGUUGGGCGAAUUUCCUUGCUGCUUGACCUUGUGUUUUUUUCGUUCAAGAAGACAAAAAUAUUUUACGUCAACUUGUAUACAAUUUUUUCCCAUCUGUUUAUUAUAUUCUUAGAAUUCCCUGACGUCAUGAUGACGUUUGGGCUGACUGGGUAGACAACUGGGUAUUAUGCUGUGAGCAAUUUGUAUAUAUAUUUUUUUGCAUAGUGAAAAAUGUCAAAAGUAUUACCAAAAAUACCGUUAGUUAGCGGGUUGUAUUUUCCCAUUAUACACUGCAGAGGUCACACGAACAGUAUGCUUAUUACAAAGCCAUGCCGCCGAGAACAGCUUGUGUUUAUUCUUCCCAAAACUACCUGUUGACUUUAUGUAAAAAAAAAGGUAUUGACUGAAAUACGAAGGCCAAUAUAAACGCAAGUCAAACAUGUAACUGCUUUGUAGAUAGGCUUAGGUACAGCAAGUGGAUUCGAAUUUUGGGCGAGGAUCGAGGUCUAGAACGGGAAAGAUUAAAGUGUACAUUAUAUGAAAAUUGCUCUUUUUUUUUUUUUUUUUUUUGGAAAGCAGCUUGUAUUCUCGUCAAACAAAAUGCAGGGAACAUCUGAGGGACAAGUUGCCCUUUUUUAAAUUCCUGUUAAAACCUCGACCCGCCCUUGCUGCUUCCGCAUUAUAGAAAGUAACUGUUAAAGAUGUAGAAUUAUUGAGUAAAAAUGUCUCUUUUGAAGACGUCUGUAUUAGAUUUAGCUAAAACUUUUGUUUAUACCCCUUUUUUGUCUAAAUUAUUUCCUGUACGCCCGUGCAUUUGAUAACAUCAUUUGGUAUUAUGUGAAACAGAUAUUUGGACAUUGCAAAAAAAAAAAACCAAACAAACAGCAGAAAUAAUGGCUCAACCAUUUGUAAAGGCUGAAGCCUUCUGAACUCUAGCAAGUUUAAAGAGGCAGUGGACUCAUCAUAAAGGUGAUAAUGAAUGAAGUGCACGUGACCCGACAACAAGACCAAAACCCAAAAAUUUGCCGCAAACUAGUUUUCUUCUAAAUGUAAAGUAAAAGAAAACAUGUUUACCGUCCCAGCCUUUUUCCACAUCGGUGGCAAGUCCCUACAUAAACCGUAUAUAUCAGUGAUGGAAAUGGGAUACAUUACAGAAAACUCCACAUAUUGCGCGACCGGGAAAGAUGACGGUCAUUUUGCUGGUAAAAAUAUUAUAAACAUGUCUUGCAAUUGGCGGAAAGGAAAGCGGCCAUCUUCAGAAAUUGCGGCCAUUUUGAAAAUUUUGAAAAUUGAAAUUUUCCUCAAGCACUUUGUUUCUGCGAUCCACGAAUAAAAAAGUGCUAGUCUAUGGAAUAGCCGCUUGCAGACAGGCGUCUAUUACUAUCGCGCAGAUUCGGCGAUUAUGCAAAACAAGACUGCGUCUUGACAUCAAGAUUCUGGCCGU